AUGAGGAACACCGAAGGAGGACACAUAGUUCGAUCCACCGGUAAGAAAAAUCGCCACAGCAAGGUUUACACAUCGAAAGGACCCCGCGAUCGGAGGGUUCGUCUCUCGGCACACACAGCCAUUGAAUUCUACGAUGUUCAAGACCGUCUUGGCUAUGACAGACCAAGUAGGGCAGUUGAUUGGCUCAUCAGGAAAGCAAAACCUUCCAUUGGCAAGCUCGCCGAGCUUCCGUCGUGGCAACCUAUCGGCGAAACUCAAACCCUAAUGCCACAAGAGGAUGAACAGAAUGUAGCUGAUGUGUCUACUGGUAUGGUUAUUGGAGAAUCAUCAAAUGGUUACAGUUUUCAUCUGUUAAGUCAAUUGAGUGAGGAUCAAGAAAACCCUAGUUCAGGUUUCAUCGAUCCUAAUCCUAUACCUUUCUUUCCAACUACCUCUUCUACUUCUUCAUCUAUCCAUUUUCAGAACUACCCUUCUGAAAACCUUGGACUCUCUCUUCAUUCCUUCCAAGAUCACAAUGGUUUCAUUCCUUGGCAAAACCAAAACCAUAAUCAAACACUCUUUGAUAACCAGUAUCAUGUGGAUUGGAACAAUGAAACAACCAAUGAUUAUAUUACGAAAGUAGGGUUCAUGGUAAACUCAAAUCCAUUUCUAGGACAAGGUUCAGCUUACACUCCUAAUGAGAGACUUCAGUCGAACUUUUCGCAUUCGGCUCGGUCAUGGAAUGAAAUUCCUAUGGAUUCUGCUUCAGAGGUUCAUCAAAGAUCACAAAAAGUUCAGCAUCAAGCUUCAAUCUUUGGAAGCAGGUUUGUUUCUGAUAGAUUACCAGGUUUCGCCAUUCUUGAUACAAUUCAAGAUGGAGAAGAGGGUCAUGGAAUUUCUUCUAAUAAGCCAUCGUCUGUUUCUCCUAACCACAACUGAGCAAG